UCUCUCUCUCAUGCAAAGAAACGCUUCAGUUCCCUUCCGUUCCCUCGCCCGAAAACCAAACCACCUUCUCUCUCUCGCUCUAUCUGUCUCUCUCCCCCCCAGCCCUCUUCCUCUCUAUCUCUAGCCCUUUCGUUCCCUCUAUCUACAACUGAAAGAAGCUCUCUCCGUCCCGUACACAACGCCGUUUUCGCCCGAACGGUCUCGAUCUUCACUCUCUACUCUCCAAGGUUAUGUAAUGGGAGAUAAACUUCUGAACUUAAAUGAGCCUCCAAUUGAAGAUGGUUUCGCCUGCCGUGUGUUGUUGCGAAAAGAUGGAAAACCUAUUUGCCGCACGCAAUGCCUUAAUCCGCCUCUUAAAAUCCCAGGUUCUUGGAACAUAUCUGAAAUAAAACCAGCAAAAAGAUAUUCACUUUCUGGCUUGCCUGUAUUUUCUUUGCGCCCUACCUUUGAGAAUUCUCAGCAAAAGACAGAGUGGGGUGUAUUUUUUACUUUCCUACGGGAUACCGGCAGGGUUGCUGCUGUGAACUGCACGGCAUAUGAUUUCUACAUACUUCCUCCACAUCAAGGUUCAGAUCAUAGCCAUGUUCAAGUUCAGUAUCGUGCAAAGACACCAUCCUGUGAAGUAAAUGAGGAGUCUAUUGCUCCAUCAGGGAAAUUAUGCACAGAAUCCAUGCAAAAGCCUACCACCGGUGGACAUGCUCACCCAAGCGUUAUGCCAUCAAGUUCUUGCUUGAAAGCUAUACAACCAGGUUCUUUGGGUGUGGUGGGUACACCGGCUGCAUCCUCUGUUUUUUGUGAAGAAACUACACAUUGUUUUGGGGAGGAAAUAGGUGAUAGCGCAGAAGCAAAUGUUAAGGGAAGAAAUAGCGCAGAUGCAAAUGUUAAGGGAAGAAAUUGUUCACAGAUAGACUCAGGUGCACAUCCAGGAUGGAACUCUCCAGAAGCCAAGCUUCCAAACACUGUCCGUGACCCUUCUCCUCAUGAAUCUGGAGGUGAUGGAUGUCGGUCUCUGUUACAAAAGCAGGAUGAUUGUCUCCAGAAGAAUUUUGUACGCACUGAUCCAAGUUACCUCAGAACUCUUGGUCAAGCUCAUUCUGGAUGGAUUUUUGGUGCAAUAGCAGAGCUUGUCGACAAUUCAAGAGAUGCGAAAGCUUCAAGAUUAGAUAUUUCUAUCGAGGAGCUAUAUUCGAAGAAAGACGGGAAAGCCAUUCCUGUGCUUUCAGUCAUUGAUGAUGGGCACGGCAUGUCUCACCUAGAUAUUCUGAGAAUGCUUUCUUUCGGGCACAAGCAACCAGAGGUGGAUGAUCCAGAUCAUAUUGGAAGAUUUGGCAUUGGAUUUAAGACUGGAGCUAUGAGGCUUGGACAGGAUGCCAUUGUUCUCACCCAAACUUCCCACUCUAGAUCCGUAGCCUUACUGUCGCAAACUUUCAAUGAAGACAAAGAUAAUAUUGAGAUUCCUAUUGUAAGCUACUGCAGACGGAAAAAUUUUAUGGAGGUGGACACAACUAUCAACUCUGAAGCAUCAGCAAAUGCUCAUUUGAAAGCCAUAAAGGAAUUUUCACCAUUCAAUGAGUAUUUUAUUGGUGAGAAAUUAGGAUUGUUUGGGGAACAUACUGGCACACAAAUAUACAUAUGGAAUUUGGAUAGAUGGGGUUUGAAGUAUAGUAUGAAGUGGACAGAUCAGAGUUCUCCAAAUCAGAAGCAGGGUGAUAUAGUUAUUCGUUCUGAGCGGAUUAGGUCACGCCCCGGACAAAUUAGCAAGCAGGUUGGUCCUAUUGUUGUUACCCAUGCUAUGUCUUGUUUGCUGAAGGUUCCUCUGGACUAUUCACUUCAAGCUUAUUUUGAAGUUAUUUUCUUAGAUCCUCGUAUGAUGAUAUUUGUCCAAGGAUCAUUGGUAAAAAGUCGACCAUUGGCAAAGUCCCUGAACCGGACUGCUAUAGUGAAUGGCAAAAUCAUGGGUAAAGCUGUUAGAUUGAUUUUGGGCUACAGUCAAAUAGAGUGGGAGAGGGUGAAUUGCGGAAUUUUCUUGUAUUGGCAUGGCCGUUUGAUUGAGGCUUACAAGAGAGUGGGAGGCAUGGUCCACAAUGCAGACAUGGGCCGAGGCAUAAUUGGGGUCAUAGACGUUACAGAUAUAAUGAAUGACAGGAAUGGGCGUGUAUGGGUACAUAGCAAUAAGCAAGGUUUCCAAGAUUGUGAACAAUAUGCUGAGCUGGAGAAGUGGUUGGGUGAUAGAUCAGAUGAAUACUGGGAUGCUCAUUUUGAUACGCUUCACUUGAAAAAAAGCAAUGCACAUUACAAGCCUGAUCAUGAGUGGGUACAAUGUGACCAAUGCCGGAAGUGGAGGAAAUUGAGUUGCGAUUUCAACACGGAGAGCUUGCCUGCAAAAUGGUUUUGCUGUAUGCCACCAUUUAAUGGCAAGUGUGCAGAUCCUGAGGAGCAGGUUGGACGUGGGGUGGUCACAAUCACUGCAAAGCGUUCUGGAUGUCAUUCCAAAAAGGAACAACUUAAACCUGAGCAUAUGGUCGAUUACAUGGUGGAUGCUGACAGUGGAGAGGGUUCGACACAGACAGAGGAUGAUGGGGAAGUGAUCCGUUUGCCAGUUUUGAAGAGGCUCCGAAGGGGCGCUAAGAGUUGUAAGAAGUCAUGAACCGAUGGGAAAAAAAUAGUCAUUUCCUAGAAUGGCUUCUCUGUACACAAUCCUUUUGUAAAUAAUUAUGUUUCUUUUACCUUGGAAAGAUAAGGUGCAGGCCAUCCGUUUAAAUGUAACAUGCUUAACAGAUCUGUACCAUUCAUCCAAUGCAUGACAGUUGUAGAAUUUUUUUUGAUCCGGUAAAAAAGGUGGCCAACAGUCCACACUCAAUGGUUAAAUCAUUGCCUGAU